UAUUAGAGUGGAUACCUUAUGAUAGAUUUUAUAAUAUUAGAUAUAUUACAAAAACUGGAAUGUAUAGAGCAAACUGGAUUGAUGGAAAUUUAAGUUGUUGGAGUAAUUAUAAUCAAAACUGGGAAAGAGAAAAUAAAAAUAUGAUUGUAGAGUUGAAUCCCUUAAAUAAUUUUAAGAGUGCCACAUUAGAAUUUAUGAAUGAGAUCAAUAAAUCUUAUGGAAUAACUCAGAAUCCGGUGACAAAGAAUUAUAUGAUGGUUUUAGAUAAUAAAUGUAAAAAAUGUAAUAAAAUAUGUAAUGCACUUCAUUUUCAUCAAAAUUUUGGAAACUGGACUAGUGGCAAGAAUGAUAUUGAUAAAUUUAUUCAAGCUACUCAGUUAUCAGUUCAUACUAAUGAUGUAUCUGAUGUAUUAGAAUGGAUAUCUUAUAAUAGGUUUUAUAAUAUUAAGUGUAUUACAAAAGCUGAAAAGUAUAUAGCAAACUGGAUUGAUGGAACCAUAAAUUAUUGGGAUAAUAAUGGUCAAAAUUGGAUAAGAGAAAAUCAAAAUAUGAUUGUAAAUCUGAAAAGUUUGAAUGAUAUUGCAUUAGAAUUUAUAAAUGAGAUUAAACUAGAUCAUAAAAUUUAUGGAAUAACUCAGGAUCCAGAAACAAAAAAUUUCAUGAUGGUUUUGAAUAAUAAAUGUAAAGAAUGUAAUAAUGUAUGUAAUACAAUACAUUUUCAACAAAAUUUUGGAAAUUGGACUAGUGGUAAUAAUGAUAUUGAUAAAUUGAUUCAAGAUACCCAAUUAUCAGUUCAUAAUGACGUAUCAAAUGCAUUAAAAUGGAUACCUUAUGAUAGAUUUUAUGAUAUUAAGUAUAUUGCAAAAGGUGGAUUUGGUAAAGUAUAUAGAGCAAUUUGGAUAGAUGGUGGAGAAUAUCAAAAUAUGCCUGUGGCGUUAAAAAGUUUAAAUAAUUCAAAAAAUAUUACAUUAAAAUUUAUGAAUGAGAUUAUGAUACAUAGCAAAUUUGAUAAGUUUGAAGAUUUUAUAAUUAAAUUUUAUGGAAUGACUCAAGAUCCAGAGACAGAAGAGUAUAUAAUGGUUUUAAAAUAUGCAGAUAAUGGGAGUUUACGAAAUUACUUAGAUACAAAUUAUAAUAAUUUAAAUUGGUAUGAUAAAAUUAAAUAUUUACUAGAAAUUGCGAGUGGACUUGAUGGUAUUCAUGAAAAAGAAUUUAUUCAUCAAGAUUUACAUAGUGGUAAUAUAUUAAUGUCUAUACUUAACAUGCACAUAGCUGAUAUGGGAUUAUGUAAACCCGCAGAUUGCAAAGAAUCAGAAAAUACAAAAAAUACCAUAUAUGGUGUUUUAUCUUAUGUAGCUCCUGAAAUUAUACGAGGACAAACUUAUACAAAAGCUGCAGAUAUUUAUAGUUUUGGUGUAAUUAUGUAUGAAUUAAUUUCUGGAUUACCUCCAUAUAAUGAUAUAAGCCAUGAUAAUCUUUUAGCAAUAAAAAUUUGUAAAGGAUUAAGACCAAGGUUUAAUAUUAAAGUACCUCAAUUAGUUGUACGUUUAAUAAAAAGAUGUUUAGAUGCUAAUCCAUUAAAUCGGCCUACAACAGAAGAAACUCAUGAAAUUUUAAAGAAAUGGCUAAAUGAUCUGAAUAAUAAUCAAACAGAAUUACAAAGACAAAUUAAAGAAGCGGAAGAAGAAAAUAAUAAUUUGUUAACCGAAAACACACCAACUAAUUUGGGAUUAUCAUAUAAAACACAUUCAGAAGCUAUUUAUACAAGUAGAUUGCUCAAUUUUAAUAAUCUUCCUGAACCAAAAAAUUCUUAUGAUUAUUACGAACAAAAUGAUGAUAUAAUAAGCAAGGAAUUUUCAGAAUCUUUACAAAUUGAUAUCUCACAAUUAAAUAUUAUUAAAAUGGAAAAUAUUUAGCUAACAUGAUAACUUACCUUUUUUGUUUGUAUUUAAUAUAUUUUCCAUUAUUCUUUUACAG